AUGGCAGUGAUCAGGCUGGUGUUGCAUCACUGUUGGGCAAAAAUCAGAGAUACAGUGAGGUGGCUGUGGGCCACUGCGAUGAUCAGGACACUGCUGGGCCACUUGUGUGGCAAUCAGAAACACUGCUGGACUACUGCGUGGACACUGCUGGGCCACUUGUGUGGUGAUCAGGAACACUGCUGGGCCAAUGUGGGGAUCAGGGACACUGCUGGGCCAAUUUUGUGGUGAUCAGGGACACUGCUGGGCCACUUGCGGUGGUGAUCAGGAACACUGCUGGGCCACUUGUGUGGUGAUCAGGAACACUGCUGGGCCAAUGCGGUGAUCAGGGACACUGCUGGGCCACUUGUGUGGUGGUCAGGGACACUGCUGGGCCACUGCGGCAAUCAGGGCCACUGCGGCGAUCAGGGACACUGCUGGACCACUUGUGCGGCAAUCAGGGACACUGCGGUGAUCAGGGACACUGCUGGGCCACUGUGGUGAUCAGGGACACUGCUGGACCACUUGUGCGGCAAUCGGGGACAAU